AUGACCAGCGAAUCUGUUCAGCCGGGUCUUACUCCACUUUCACAUCUCAAGGCCGUGCCUACUACUUCCAGCUCCAAGCCACUCGCAUUCAAAGACUCGUCCGUUUUGCAGGCAACUCCUCAGCUUCGACAUCGGUCUCGAUUAUCGAAAAAUGUCAAUCGUGAUGAGCCGGUUAGCGCGACAAGUGACAAGGCAACUGUUGCAUUGAUAAGACGUGUUCUUUGCUCGCAGGCGGGCAAUCAAAGCGGAGGUGCUUCAACCCCACAGCCAUUGGAAGAAUUGUUGCCUCCUUUGACGAGCUCAAAUGAAGUUGAUCUUCAACUGUAUGCAUUAAUUGCUAUAAUUAUCAAGGAAUUCGUCCUCUCAUGGUAUUCGAAAAUCACAUCGGAUCAGAACCUCGUCAAGGAAGUCAUUCAAGUGAUCGCGCACUGUACUCGUGCUUUUGAGCAGAGAUUGCGUGAAACUGACAUUGCACAGUUGAUCUUCGAUGAGAUUCCUGGUCUAAUAGAGGCGCAUAUAAUAUCGUACAGGCUGGCCCGCGAUGAAAGUACACUAUCCGGACUCUCCCCCUCUGUUCGCGAAACGUACCAUGCCUUACAUCCACAUCCGAGUCUUUCACCAAUCCCAGAUUCCUCGGAUAUGCGGACGAUUGAGAAACAACGCGAGAACGAGGCAAUAUACCGGCAGUUGCUGGCCCAUGGAAUGUUGGCCAUUCUCCUCCCGACGGAGGAUUUGGAAAAUGUCCCGCUACGAACUAUUAUCGGUGACAUACUAGCAGAUUUGAUACUUGGGAACGCAGUCAGCGAAAAGAUGUGUCAGGGAUGGUUCUUGUGGGAGACUACCACCAAGCUCCUAUCGACAGCAGAACGACUUGACGAACAUGAGGAAGACACGGCAGAUAGUCACCAGCAAGAUCGCCUACACAAAUUCGGCCUGCUCACUGUCAACGAUGAUCCCAAGUCGGACCAAUCGUCUUCACAGACUCAAUCUUUUGGACAAGCGUGGCUAUGGAAUAUCCUGCAAUAUCUGUAUCUGACCUAUAUUGUUCUUCAAUUCAUCGUGACGGGACUUUUUCGCGUGAUGACAAAUGCUAAAGCGAAUGUCUCGUCAGCUGCUAUAACGCCAGAAAUUUCCGAGACCGAGAAAUCGGCGCCCAUGGGCGGCACAUCAACUAAGCGCCCUAUUCUCAACUAUCGAAUUUAUAGUAUGGUUUUGCAAAUGCUGGACAUUCCUCGGAGAAUGCCAUGGCUGGCAGGAUUUCUCUCUCUUUUCCAAUAUUUGACUUUGGCGGGACCGGGCAAGUUGGGCGAGACCGGCAGUGUCCUUGACAGGUGA